GAUUCACCAAAGCUUGGUAUUAAACAAUUAUAUGAAAUUCAGGAUCUAAUUAAUGCAACUCCUUUACUGGUUGAUAUGGGGCAUAUAAAUUUUACAAUCACAUCAGGUUUUGAUGCACUUACAGCUGAUCAGUGGAAGACGUGGGUUUUGAUUUAUUCAACUUAUGUUUUGUACAAAUUUCUUGAUGAAGCUGAUCGACAAUGUUGGCAAGCAUUUGUUACCCCGGUUUCAAUAUGGAGCCAAAGAAUUAUAACUAAAGCCGAAAUUGAAGCUGGUAAUAUAGCUAUGAUGACAUUCUUAAA